UCACAAAAGACGUUCGAGUUGCUUUUGAAACCGCGAGUAGUAGUGUAGUCUCCUCGAACACGCGAGUCACGCUUACGUUUCGUUUCACGGUUCUAUCAUUAUUUCGCUGUUAUAUUACUUUUCAAACCGGAGAGGAAAAAAUCUUGUCACUGUAUUUUAUAACGCCGACCAGAUCCAUUUUGACCUAAUUAAUAAUAAAUUAUAUUUUAAAGUAUACCAAAAGAUUAUUUAUGUUUGCUUCACGAUCGAGUUACCGCUGACUUUGUCAGGCAGCCUGCUCAGCAGCGGACUCGAUGGCGCUGCACUGCCUGCCUUGCAGCAGCAGCGCAUUGUGGGUGCUGACGGCGGCGUUUGUGUUGCUGUCUGUGCCGACUUCCUACAUUCUGCCAAAGAAAUCAUUACAAGAUGGUAUUGCCGUAAGAGAGAAUGGUGCGCUUAACCUAGAUGUCGGAUCACCGGAGAAUUCCUUCACGGUUGAAUUAUUUCAAUCGUAUUGUCAAUCUGCAGAUCUUGUCCCACAUAUUAUAAUGCUUGUCAUCGGCAUCACUGUUUACCUUUUCGAGUGGAUACACAGAAAACUAAUGGAGAGAAGGAUAUUUAAGCUCCGUAAGUUCCUCGGCGCGUCGCUGGAGCGCCUCCGCGACGCCGACGAGCGGCGCGAGCAGCUCGAAGGCACGCUAAAGCUCGCACGCGGCGCCUCCGCUGAGUACAACAUGCUUUUGUUCCUGCUGCUGCGCGCAAGGGACGGCGACGAUGACAAUAAGCUGCAACUCUGAACUCGGAGAACAUCUAUAUCCUUUUUCAGGACACUGUCUG